AUGAACGUCCUUAAGCUUCAGAGGAAGUAUCCUCAGUUCCCGCAGAACGAGCUCUUCUCCCUUCAGGACGCUUUCCAUAAACUUGAUAUCGACGACAAAGGCUACCUUGACGAGGCCACCGCCAUCAAAGCCACGCAGCAGUCCGAACGCUUACCAUACGAUGUGGUUAGACAAGCUUUGAAGGAAGUGGAACUCGACAGCUCACGUCGCGUGGAAUUUGAGGACUACAUCGAUCUCAUCUCGAAAAUUCGUGACUCCGGUAGUGCUCCUGCCAAGGUUCCGAAUCCUAUCCAAGCGGCCAACCCUAGUGCGGGAAGCGGCGCAGGCUCUUCUCGUCAUGUUUCGAAAGGAAGUGUUGGGGGUAAAAUCCAUGUGCAGGGCUCUUCGGCCAAUGUAACGCAUACGAUCAACGAAGAUGAACGAACUGAGUUUACGCGGCACAUCAAUGCUGUUCUUGCGGGGGACCCUGAUAUCGGCCAUCUUCUACCAUUUCCAACCGACACUUUUCAAAUGUUUGACCAGUGCAAAGACGGCCUGGUUUUGGCUAAGCUCAUCAACGAUAGUGUCCCAGAUACUAUAGAUGAGCGCGUGCUGAACAGACCAGGAGUCAAAAUCAAACAGCUGAAUGCUUUCCACAUGACGGAAAACAACAACAUUGUGAUUAAUUCUGCUAAGGGUAUUGGGUGCUCGGUUGUCAAUAUUGGAAGCGGCGACAUUAUCGAGGUCCGCGAGCACUUGAUUCUGGGCUUGAUCUGGCAAAUCAUUCGUCGUGGUCUUCUGGGAAAGAUUGACAUCAAACUACACCCAGAGUUAUAUCGACUGCUUGAAGAGGAUGAGACUUUGGAGCAGUUCUUGCGCCUACCACCAGAGCAGAUCCUUCUCCGCUGGUUCAAUUAUCACUUGAAAAAUGCCAAAUGGGAACGAAGGGUCAACAACUUUUCCACGGAUGUCAAGGAUGGAGAGAACUACACCGUUCUUCUCAACCAACUAGCCCCUGAUGUUUGCUCGCGAGCCCCUCUCCAGACAAGAGAUCUCCUUCAGCGUGCCGAACAGGUUUUGUCGAAUGCAGAACUCUUGGAUUGCCGCAAAUUUCUGACUCCCACGUCUCUUGUUGCCGGAAACCCAAAGCUUAACCUUGCAUUUGUUGCCAACCUUUUCAACACCCAUCCAGGCUUGGACCCAAUUACCGAAGAAGACAAGCUAGAGGUCGAGGACUUUGACGCCGAAGGCGAGAGAGAGGCUCGUGUCUUCACCUUGUGGUUGAAUUCAUUGGAUGUUCAACCUGCCGUCAACUCGCUCUUUGACGAUCUUCGCGACGGUACCGUCCUUCUUCAGGCAUACGACAAGGUCAUCCCUGGUAGCGUCAAUUGGAGACAUGUGAACAAACCCCCGCCAUCCGGUGGUGAAAUCAUGCGGUUCAAAGCAGUGGAGAAUACAAACUAUGCUAUUGAGCUCGGCAAGCAGAACCGGUUUUCUCUGGUGGGCAUCCAAGGGGCUGAUAUUACUGAUGGUCAGCGAACUUUGACUCUAGGAUUGGUGUGGCAACUCAUGCGAAAAGACAUCACCAACACUCUUUCUUCCCUGGCACAGAAGAUGGGCAAACGCGAGAUUACUGAUCCUGAAAUGAUCCGGUGGGCCAAUGAUAUGUCACAGAAGGGUGGUGGCAAAUCCACAAUACGCAGCUUCAAGGACGGUUCCAUUGGCACUGGCGUGUUUCUUCUGGAUGUGCUUAGUGGCAUGAAGUCCAGUUAUGUUGACUAUGAUUUGGUCACACCGGGAAAAACCCCAGAUGAUGCCUAUGCCAAUGCAAAGCUGAGCAUCAGUAUUGCUAGGAAGAUGGGGGCAACUAUUUGGCUCGUGCCAGAAGAUAUUUGCCAGGUCCGCUCUCGACUUGUUACAACCUUUAUUGGUUCCUUGAUGGCUACCUUUGAGGGUAUGUAA